AUGGAUCGAAUACGAUUCGAACUUCGGCUCGGGCACAGGGGGACCGAAACUAGUCAAGCCCGCGCCGGCCAAGACAACGACGACAGCGACGAGGGCGCAAGAAGCGACGACGAGGAGACACCCGACCGCGCAGCAGAGCCAGGACCGAGCGAGCCACCCGAAACGGGCCAUCCGAACGAUGGCAGCCAGGCAGACGACGAAUUUACAGUCAUGGACGUAGACGAGGAACAGCCAGAGCACGAGGCGUCCCAGCCGCCGAGGAAGCGGGGGCGAUUUGAGAACGAACGUAGCGAUUCGAUGAGUCAGGGAGAGGGGACGAGCCAGCAGCAUGACGAGGACGAGGAGCCGAUGACGAAGGCACAGAGACAGCGCCAACGCCAGCGGAAGCAGGGAUCGCCCCGGAAGCCACCCGUCAAGUUCAGACGCUAA